CCCUGUUCUACUCGGAGAGGGCGCCUUUCGAGAAUGUCUUCUACCAGUGUGUGACUAUUCGUGAGAUGGAUGGGUUACCCAGUAGCAUCUAUACAACAUUUGUGCUCUUCAUACAGGUCAUUGCUCCUCUCUUCAUAAUGUUCGCCGCUUACACCGCCAUCUUUGCUAAAAUAAGGAGAGAAAGUUCCAAAGGAUUAAGCAUUAACGAUGCUGAAGACAACCUUUCUCAACAACACAAAGCUCGAUCACGCCUCUUCAUGCGUGCUCAACAACGGACAUUGCGCAUGAUCAUCACCAUCUUUCUCGCGUUUGUCGUGAACUGGACCCCUUACGUACUGGCUGCCAUGAAAUACACGUGGCACCACACUGAUCAUCCCGACACUCAAUCUAUGCGGAUCGUUUACGAGACAGCGUUUCUCUUCGGACUCUCCAACUCCUGCUUCAAUCCUUUAGUCUACGGAUGCUGCAACCUGCACUACUUCGACAGCUUCUGCGCCUCCUGCUGUGCCGUGUUCAUCGGCCGCCCCGACUCCAGCCUGACAGACCACAAGACGUCGACGUACACCAUGAGAUGGUCGAUGAAGUCGAGCCCGACGGCCAAGCAAGGAUACGGCCAUCAUCAUCCUCACCAUAACAACAGUGUGAAUCGACACGGCAACCAAAAUCAGGGAUCUAGUAACAGCCAGUGGAUUAAAGGAAGGUUACUCACAGAGGGCGCUGUAUCAAGUACUUCUCAAGUAACAGUUUCCUGAGGAGGAUUAAUGAACUUUUGAUUUUGCUUCAGAUGCCCUUAAUACGUCAUAGUCAACAUCUCAAUGCGAAAGACUUACAGUAAAGACGAUGGACGUUUGUUUCAGGACAACAAGAGUUUAUAAUGAGAAGAUUCUUCGGAACUCACAAUGCUUGGAAUUGGAGCGUUGAUGGCACAUGACAUGACCUUGAUGUACGAAGACGCACAGAUAAGGCGAGAGAAUCGUUUGUGGACAGCCCGUCUCUUUCAAUCACGAUUCACACAGAGGCUGCUGAAGAAAGCACUGGAUGUCGAUCAAAGCACUCAAACUCAGAAAAAAAAUAACACUUUUAAUGGAAACAAAAUUUUUGUUUUAAAUGUCGUGAAUUAUUGUGUCGCUAUUUUUGCAUGUGUGUGGUAUCACUACGACGAGUUGAACACUCAAUUCAGAAUAGAAAUAUGUGAAUGUGUAACUAGGUCUUCAGGUCUAUAAGUCACAGAUAUAACUAAAAACACUGAAAACUAGGGCACAGAGAACGAUUGCACAUUUCAACAACAAUCCUGAUUGGUCAAUACUAGGAAUGGUGUGAUCAUCAUUGGCUAAUGUCAAUUUGCGAAUGAUUUCAUACCUUUGUGUUUUGGGACCCUGAUCCGUCAAUGAACUGGCCGGUAGUAGAUAGUUAACAUAGUGCCAAUGAGAUAUGUUGCCCGUAGAACGUCCUCUAGUCACAGGGCAAUCUAAGGACAAUUAAGGUAAACUUUGUAAAAAUGCAUUCACUCCACAGCCAGUCAGAACGAUAGACUUCGCGCGAUGUUUUCUCAUUCCUAAGCACUUGCUGGUGUCCGGGGAGAGCAAAGAAAAUGUCCGCAAUCGAAUUGGUCUCGACUAAAUUUGGACGCAUAUAUUGACUUGCUGAUACCUUCUGGAGCUUGUUCUGGUUAUUCUGGCGAUAUCCUCACCAGUCCUGAGCACUUCUGCGCUGUCUGUGCGAACUGUCCUGUGAUCAUCCGCGAUGUUGUACAGUUCUACUGCUAUUUCUUCUGAUGCUGAUGAUGAUGUUGCUGCUAUUAGACUAUUACUGUCAAUGGCGCGACCACCACCCUUAGAGCCUGGGAACGAUAUUUUGAUAGGGGGCGCUGCUUUGGAAAAAAAAAUAUUGGCAAAAAAAAGUUCACUAAGAAAUGAAGGUGAUUUUGGUUAAAUAUCUACUUUUCAGCUUGCCAACCUGACUUCAAGGGCAUGCUGCCUGAGUGUAUUGCACACGCAGCACCCCCAGAAAAAUCUUCGGGUGUGCUGCACUGAACUCUUAUCACCAUUGAAACUUAUCAUAGUUUCUAGGAGUAAUUACUUUAAUAAAUACAAAAAAGCAUCGGCACUAUUUUCAACUUAUUUUUACGAUAUUACGACCCCCCCCCCCCCGCUCCCUGAGCCUUAUUACUUCUCUACUUCUACUUUGAUUAUUGCUACUAUUUCUACCUAUACUAUCCCGACAACUGGUAGUACUAAUACUACUUCUACUAUUACUACUACUGCUGCUACUACUACUACUACUUCUUCCAUUACUGUUACUAUUUCUACUACAGCUACACUACUUCUACUAGGUCUAGCACUACAUUUUAUACUAACACUAUUCUAUCAAUAUUUGGGGUACUAAUACAACCAAUACUGAUUUAGCAUCUUUAUUUUCUAGUAAUACUAUAACCAUACUACUGCUACUAUUACUACCACUACUACCACCACCACCACUGCUACUACUACUGUUGCUGCUGCUGCUGCUGCUGCUGUUGCUGCUGCUGCUGUUUCUGCUGCUACUAUAUACUACCAGUUGCGGACCAAGGUUUGGAGAAAAGUCAAACUACAGUAUGAAAGUAUGUAAAAAAAAAAAGGGGGGGGUAAGUGGGGCCCCCACAAAAAAGUCAAGAGGGAAGUGAUCAAAAUGGUCAACUUUUUUUCUUUGGCUUGUCAUAUUCUGGUAGAAAAGAAAAUUGGGCCUAGCCCCUGUUUCUUUCUAGAUAUUACUACAAGUGCUUCUACUGCUGAUGCUUCAGUUAAUACUACUACUACUUCUACUACUUCUACUACCACUACUAAUAAUAAUAAUGAUAAUAAUCCUACUACUACAACUACUACUACUGCUAUUACUACUAAUACCAAUAACAUACUACUACGCUACUACUGUUACUACUAUUGCUCUCGCUACGACUGCUGCUCCUAAUACUAUAGGGCUACUAUACUACUUCUGCUAUAAGUUCCUCUUCCGCUACUUAUGUAUUUAUACUUUAUACGUGACCUUAAACGAUUUAAACGAUUAAACGAUUUAACUCCAUAAUAAAGCUGAAAAUAAUACUACUAGUACUAAUAUCACUACUGCUGCUGAUGCUGCUGUUGCUACUUCUACUCGUACUACUUCUAUUAUGAAAACUACUGUUACUAAUACUAAUAGUACUUUUACCACUAGUAGUACUAUCAAUGUUACUUCCACUAACUUGACCUCUAGUAAUGUUAUUACUACUACUACUACUGCUGCUGCUGCUCCUACUCCUACUACUCCUACUACUACUACUACUACUACUACUACUUCUACUACCACUAUAACUGUAUAAUACUACGACUUCCACGAGUACUAAUUACUAAUAAACACCAAAUGUCAAAAAUAUACCAACCUCUUCUGAAUUAAAGACAUACAUACUUGUAAGGCUCGUGUGUCCUAAAUGUAUGAGAUACAUCAACGAUAACUAGUAUAUAUAUAUGUACAAUCUACCACUUUAUGAAACGUUUCAAUGACAUUGAGCAAUAUUUUAAAGCUGAUUACACAUAUUUUCCUUUUCGUGGCGUUUGAUUUUACGCAUAUGCAUGGCAAAGCAAGUAUUCUUUACAUAAUUUCUGACAUUCAUUUCCAUCUUUAGAUUUACAACUUUUACACUUUCUAAUGGGCGUGUGUGUGUGUAAAGUGUAAUGCUCAAAACUGUUCUAUUGAUAUUCAAAUCUACACAGUCUUUUAAAAUGUUAUCUAUUAAUGUAUAAAAAUGUUUAUAUGAACAAAGAACCUUUAGACAUAUUUAUUUAAUUUAUUCAAUUGUGUACAUACUUAACUAUGAAUAUAUAUAUGUAUUAUUGU